AUGUUCGGUGGGCAAGGCGAGAAGCCGAAGGGGGCCAAGCAGACGCCCUCCGUGAAGGCGGGAGCGGAGCGACGCCAGAGGCAGAUGAUCAGUGUGCGGCAAAAGGCGCAUGGAGAACUUAUGAAGCACGUCCGCGAGGAUCGCAGGGAGGUGAGCGUCGGAGAGCCGUGUCGCCUGAAUGGGGAUCCCCAAGACGUCUGGACGUACGGCGCCCAGACAGCGCCUGAAAUGGUUCCACGUGAACUGCUGCCCGAAUUUGCACGGCUGGUGAUGGAGGGAAAAUCAGAGAAGGAGGUGUUUCAUGGCACUCUCAUGAUUCGUAAGAUCCUCUCCGUGGAACGUAACGCGCCUCAUGACGCGGUGAUCAAGAGUGGUGUCGUUCCAUACCUUUCAGAACUUAUGGAUCGGUUUGAUAAUCCAAAAUUGCAGUUUGAGGCUGCGUGGGCGCUGACGAAUAUUGCCGCAGGCACCACUGAGAAUGCAAGUGCCCUCAUUCAGUUUGGAGCCAUUCCUCGAUUUGUGACUCUGUUGGGGUCUGAGAACGAGGACUGCCGUGAUCAAGGCGCAUGGGCGAUAGGCAACAUUGCUGGCGAUGGGGUUCAUUGCCGCGAUUUGGCGCUGCAGUACAAUGCCUUACCUGCCCUCCUCCAAGUUGUCACGACGCCAAAUCAGCCACUCAACGCUCUUCGCAAUGCCACGUGGGCUAUAUCUAAUUUGGCUCGGGGGAAACCCGCGCCGCCCUUGGAUAGCGUCUCCAUAGCUCUCCCAGUUUUAUCCGGUCUUCUUUAUCAUCCUGACAAGGAGGUCGUAAUAGACGCUGCAUGGGCAAUUUCUUACAUAAGUGAUGGUUCUUGGGAUCGUGUGCAGGCUGUGGUAGAUGCGGGUGUUGUGCCUCGCAUGGUGGAAUUUCUUUCAUCUCCUGUAAUACCCCUUCAGACCUCAGCUGUUCGUACUGUCGGUAACAUUGCGAGUGGUAAUAACGAACAGACACAAAUCAUAAUCAACUGCGGGUUUCUCUCGGUACUUGGAAAUCUAUUAACGCACUGCAAACGUGAUAUCCGGAAGGAAGCCUGCUGGACUGUUUCCAAUAUUGCUGCUGGAACUUUACCGCAGAUUGAGGCGCUCAUUUCAUCAAACGUGUUUCCCUUGGUGAUUAAAUGCCUCGAGGGCUCUGAUCUCGAUGUAAAGAAAGAGGCUAUCUGGUCAGUUGCCAACGUUGUUCUUUGUGGCGUUGUCUCCCACCUGCGGUAUCUUUUGGAUUGCAAUGUAGUUCCAGCCCUGUGUGAAGCCCUGUUAUUGCAUGAGACGAAGAUUCUGACGAUUUCCCUGGAGGCUCUUAUGGGUUUCCUCCAACUUGGCGAUGAUGAUUUCAGGGCAGGCAUCAGCGAAGAGAACAUGGUGGCGCAGGCGAUCAUUGCGUGCGGGGGUGUAAAUGCCAUUGAGCGCAUCCAGUCCUAUACGGACAAUAAUCUAUACAGCAUGGCUCUUUCAAUCCUUGAGACGUAUUUUAAUGUUGAGGAGAGUUUCCCACAAGGCGGGUUUGAGGCAUCCGCGGAGUUUGGCGACGGCACAGCGAAACAAGGCACGGAAUUUGACUUUUAA